UGCUGAGACAAAAUAAGCGCCUGGUUAGUCACUUGGGAGAAAGUGAUAACCCGAGGUGGAAUGAGAAGAGAAGAGAGGGAAAGUGACAGGGAUGCAUAAGGAGUACUCAGCAGCACACAGUCCCUGGCAGAACAGGGUUGAUGGAUCAUAACUGCAGCAUACCAGAAGCGCAGGUCAAUACUCUUACUGCAGAGGCAAGGCUGUUUCCAAAAGCUGCCAGAAAUGCAUGCUCUGCGGCAUAAAUAACAGCCAGGAAAGGAUCUUGGCAGAGGAAUAUGGAGCUUAUUCACCCUGCUGCAUCUCCGGCUUAGUCAUCCAGCAUCCGGUAGGGACUCAAGGACAAACGGCCGACAUCCAACCACAAAAGGAACACGCCAGAGCAAGUCUGAACUGAAGAUGGAAAGCUCAAGAGGGACACACCUAAACAUGGCUGCAGUGACCUCUCGGGUUGGAGUUGCCCGUUUGUUGCAGGCAGCCUUUGGAUGUACUACAUUCAGCCUUGUGGCCCAUCGAGGGGGGUACAGCGCAGCCUAUGGCACCUUCUGCAUGUCGGUCUGGUGCUUCUGUUUUGCUGUCACCAUCUUUAUCAUCACCUGUGAGUUCACACGCCUCCACAGCUGUCUGAGCAUCUCCUGGGGAAAUUUCACAGCUGCUUUCGCCAUGCUUGCCACCCUCAUGACCAUCACAGCUGCUGUGAUCUACCCACUUUACGUCCAGUUCAGCUGCCAUUCCAAUGGGUGUGAGGUGAGAGACUUCCGCAUAUCUGCUAGUGUUUUUGCAGGGCUUCUCUUUUUUGCAUAUGUCACAGAAGUAUUUCUUACGAGGGCUAAGCCAGGACAGGUGACCAGCUACAUGGCCACAGUUUCUGGCCUCCUGAAAAUUGUCCAGGCUUUUGUAGCUUGCAUCUUAUUUGGCGCUCUGGUGAACAACAGCCAAUACAAUCGAUAUGUGGCCACCCAGUGGUGUGUAGCUGUUUACAGCUUCUGCUUUGCGGUGACGGUGGUGGUGGUGGCCCUCAGCGUCACAGGAAAGACAUCAAUGCUGAGGUGCCCCUUUGAGCGCUUUAUGGUCAUUUACACCUUUGUAGCUGUCCUGAUGUACAUGAGCGCUGCAGUGAUCUGGCCAGUGUUCUGCUUUGACCGUAAAUACGGCUCUCCACACCGCCCUUACCAGUGCUCCAGAGGCACGUGUUCUUGGGACAGCCAGGUGGUCAUUGCAGUAUUCACAUAUGUGAACCUUGUGCUGUACAUUGUGGAUUUAGCGUACUCACAACGUAUUCGCUUUGUCUCACAUCCUUAAUAGCCAGCCUUGAUGCUACAAAAGCCAUAAUGGACUCCAAUAAUGAUUUGGGACCCACCUAGAAAGCUCACACUCGGGGCACGUCAAAAAAUUAAUCAUGAUCAAAUGAGUAUGGUUAAAAAGAGGCCUGUCCAUGAAAGAAACAUGGGAGGCUUAGGUACCAGUUGAGAUAAAAGAAGCCUUUUUCUUGUCCACAGCUACAACACCAUAAUCAUUCCAACAAAUAUGUUGACUGGCUGCAACAGUAGCUUUAUAGGUCUACAGAUUCUCACAGGCCUAGUACAAAGAAUGGGGAAAUGGAUUUUGGGCCCUGAAAGUUUGAUUUAAGAACUGUUGGGUAACUUUAAGAACUGUUUAAAGCUGCAGGAGAUACAGAAAAAUGUCUAUGCUAAAAAGAGUAUCAGUUAAAAUCACAGAUCAGUUGUUGAGUUUCUGUUCAAGUGAAAGACAUGUCCCUACACCUCAUAGAUUCUGUCAGAAAUUUCCAAAGAGGAAGGGGACAUUCGACAGUCAUGAAGAUUUGAGGAAGACUGAGACCCUCCUCCAGAGUCCAGACGAUGGGAAUAACCAUUUCCUUAUGCAUGUACUUGAUUGUUGUGAGGGAGACAGGCAUUCCUGCUGGGCAGAGCUUGAGAAGUUAAGUGAACACUAUUAAGUCUGUAAUUGACAAUGAGUACAGGGAAGGUUGCGGUGGCCUCCAAAAUAAUUACUUCCAGAUUGUUUCCCUCAAUGUUCCUUCAAGAAGCAUCUGGGGAUAUCACUAUGCCUGUAGAAACUGUGGCUACAUACAAGACAUUAGCCUUUUGAACUAAAGCCAAACUUUUGAACCAAAGUAUAUUAAUUUAGACAAAAUAAAACUGUGUUGUUGUUUUGCAAUAGUUAGGCAAUGGGCAUUGUUUAAUUCCUCAGAAAUUUCGGCACCAUGAAAACUUAAAAUUGCUUAAUUGUUUAGAAAAUGACCUGCAAUUGUUAUUCUUUUACAAUGCUAAAUGGACAUGUGUAACAUUUUCAUAAAUCUAACCAAAUGCCUGUUGCCAGACCUGACUCCAGGAUGUGCUGAUUCUUGGUUCACCACUGAGAAAACACCUACAUAAAUAACCCAUCAUGGGACAAAAAAGCUUGUUGGUUGCCUUAAGUGUUGAUCAAGAUCUUCACUUGAAUCUCUUCAUCCACAGACAUUUUCAAAUAUAAGAAACCAAAGUUGUUUAUUCAGAUAGUUUAUAUCAAACGUGUGUAUUAGAUAGAAAGGUUUUAUUCCAAUCCAGAAUAAAAAUGGCA